AUGAAUGUCAUAGAUUGUAAAUUAUUCUAUUUUAACAUGACUUAAUUGUAUUCUUAUUCAAAAAUGAAAAUAUUCUAACAAGAUGAAGUUGACAUAUUUAGAAAGCUGACACCAUUUUAGAUAGUAAAUAGUGCAAAGAUUACAUGGUAUGAGACAAUUAAGGGUAUGGAAGCAAAAUAAGCUAUUGGGUAUAUGGAAAUAAAUAUGUUCCUAAAUGAUUAAGAUAUGCUCAAGUACUGA